AUGCCGACUAAAAUCGAAGGUCGAUCAUCACGUCAAGAUUUAAUUGAUGAUAUUGUCGAAGCACCAUCAUCAUCAUCAUUUAUGUCAACUUCAAAUUCAUCUAUGAUGAUAGAUGGUUCAAAAACAUUACCAAGUAGAAAUUAUUCAAGUUAUUCAAAUAUUCCAAGUUUAUUUAAUAAUAAAACAAAAAAUGAACAAAUUAAUCAUACAACAACAUUAACUCAUGAACUUCGUGAUCGUCUUCAUUUAACAUUACCACGUUCAAAUUCAUCAUCAACAAUGAUAAGUAAUGAUGAACGACGACGAGAACUUGAUCUUGUUUUAAAACAUUUAUAUGAUGGAAAAUUAUUAACAUCAAUGAAUGAUGAUCGACCAUCAUCGGAUGUUUCGGACUCAUCAAUUCCUAUUUUAAGUAAAGGACCAAUAACAAGAACAACGACAACAAUUAAAAAUGAUGAUGAUAAUAAAAUCAAUGUUGGAAAUAUAGAAAUGCUUUCACUGGACGAUGAUUGUACAUCUCUUCAACGAGAAUUACAAGAAAAAGAACUUGAUAUAAUACAUUUACAUAAAGAAAUUCAAGAAUUACAAUUAGAAAAUAAAUUACUUAAAGCAAAAGUACCAGUUAUGUAUCAAAAUGGUCAUACAAGUAAUAAUAGUGAAACUGAAACACUUCGUCGUGAAAAAGAUGUUUUACAAAAUGAAUUACGUUCUCAACAAGAAUUAAUUGCAAAACUUCAACAACAACAACACCAAAAUGGUAUUAUUAAUCGUUCAAAUAAAUUAGAUGAAGCUACUCUAUAUCAAAAAGAAGCAUUAGAAAAAAAAUUAAAAGCUUAUGAAAAACAAGUGCGUACAUUAACAAAUGAUAAUGAAAAUUUAAAACAACAUUUACAGCAAGCUGAUCGUACGAUGACUCAAUUAAAACGAGAAAAUGAAGAAUUACAACAAAAAAAAAUAAAUAAAAAACUUUCAAUACUUCUUUCUCUUAUUGAUCCCUCAUUUGCAUCAGAUACAUUUUUUUCUCGAGAAAAACAAUGUUCUCAGCUUAGUGAUGCUAAAAAACGUAAUGAUGAAUUACUUUAUCAAGAAUUUAAUUCACUUCGAAAUGAUUUAAAAAUGCUUAAACAACGAAAUGAUGAAUUAUUUGAAGAAAAUCAUCGUUUACAUCAAGAACAUCAACGAAAACAACAUAGUCUUACUUGGCGUUCAACUCUUCAACAACCAUAUGCUAAUGAACCACCACCACCACAACAACAACAACAACAAAUAUCAAUUAUUGAUAAUAUAUCACCUUCAUCACCAUUGAAAUUAUCCAAUACAGAUUCAAGACGUGAACGAUCGAAAGUUAUUCGAAGUGAUAGUCCAAAUUUAUCCGAAGGAAGUGAUUCAACAAAUUAUUUAACAACUGUCAGUGUUGAACGUUAUAAUAAUCGACCAUCAACAUCAACGCAUCGAUCAAUAGCAAUUGAUAGUAAUAAUCAUCAUCAAACAUCAAGAUAUCCAUCAAUAAUAGGACAAGAAGAAUAUCAUCGAAAUAAUUAUACAAAUUCAGUACCAAAAUCAAUAGAUCCACAAAUAAAUUAUCGUUCAUCAAAACCAAAACGUUCUGUUGAAUGGGAUGAAGAAAAUAUUCAACAGAAUGAAGGAUUACAACAUCGAAAUAUAGGAAAUUAUGAUAAUCAACAUCGUUUGCAACGACAACAUCCAAUCGAUGGAACAAAUGGUUAUAUAUCCCCAACGUUACCACCACAAUCAUCAUCAUCUCAAGUAUAUCAACAAAAUUAUGGUCUUAGUCGAACUAUUACAAUACCUGAAUCACAACAUCAAUCACGUCGUUCUAAUAGUUAUACAAUGCCAAAUAGACAAAUGAAUAACGAGGAUGAUAUACAUGAAGAUCGUCAUCAUGGUCGUCAUCGUCGACCAAGUGUUGAAACAACUAGUCCACGACGUCCUUAUGCUCCAUCAUCUAUUACAGAUAUUCAUAUAAAUGAUAUAAUUAAAUUUUCUCGACCAGGUGGUAAAAUUAGUAAAGGUAUUGUUAAAUAUAUUGGUCCAUUACCAGGCAAAACUGAUCAAUAUCUUGGCUUAGAAUUAGAAGAUGAAGAAAGUAAACAUGAUGGUGUCUAUCAAGGUCAACGUUUAUUUCAAUGUAAACCAAAUAAAGGAGUAUUUGUUGGUUUUAGCAAAGUGAUUAUGGCAUGGAGUGGAAAAUAA